UCCAAUCAGCACCGCCUGAUGUUGGGUCUCCAGUCCGUCUAUCUCGGAUCCGAACGGUUCUCUCUCCGCCUGGGAUGGAAAACCCUCGCUGCUUCGCCAACCGCUUCUCCGACUACCGCGGCUCUCUGCUCCCGGGUCAGGGCGCCGAGGUGGUGGUACCGGCCGUUGUCUCCACCGUCGACAGAAUCCUGAAGAAGGUUCCGCUAAACCUGAGCGACUACGACGGAGGCUUGUACGAUGGGCCGGCCGGGGUGGCUUACAUGCUGUACCACGUCAGCGAGUGCCCGCUCUUCUCCGAGCAGAGGGACGCGUACCUGAAGACGGCCAAGAGCAUCAUCGACGCGUCGGUGAAAUACGUGGACGCGGAACCGGACAAGAACAUGCGGGCCGCCUUCCUGCUGGGCGGGACUGGGAUCUACGCGGUGGCUGCGAUGAUCUACAAGGCGAUGGGCUUGGCGGACUUCGUCAAACCCCUGACUAAAUUUCGGAACCUGUGGGAGGUUUGCGCGCCCAUCAAUUUCUUGGAGUGCGGUUCCGAUGAGCUCUUCGUGGGUCGUGCUGGGUACCUGUGCGCCGCGCUGGUCCUCAAGCAGAAGCUGGGCAUAGAGAUUCUGAGCAAAGACCAGAUCAAAUCCAUUUGCCAGGCCAUCAUUGAAUCGGGAAAGCAGUACGCCAGAAGGAAGAGGAAACCCUUCCCGCUCAUGUACUCCUACUACGGCACGGAGUACCUGGGCGCAGCGCACGGCCUUUCAUCGGUGCUGCAGAUGCUGCUGAGCUACCAGGACCUGCUGAGCGGGGCCGACAAGGACCUGGUCUGGCAGAGCGUCGACUUCCUCAUGAACCAGGAGCAGAACUGCAACUGGCCCGCAGAGCUGGGAGCCAUCAUCGAGCGAGAGAACGAGCUGGUGCACUGGUGCCACGGAGCUCCAGGAGUGGCUUAUCUUUUCGCCAAAGCGUACCUGAUCAACAAGAAGCCCCAGUAUCUGGACACGUGUAUCCGCAGUGGAGAGCUUGUGUGGCAGAAGGGCCUGCUGAAGAAGGGACCUGGCAUUUGUCACGGUGUUGCCGGCAGCGCUUAUGUUUUCCUCCUACUCUAUCGUCUCACGGGAAACUCCAAAUACAUCUACAGAGCUCAGAGGUUUGCUGAGUUCAUCUUCACAGAGGAAUUUAAAAGCGGCUCUCGGUCCAUGACCAGUGUCUACAGCUUAUACGAGGGUCUCUCCGGAACCGUCUGCUUCCUGGUGGAUCUGCUGCAGCCGGAUCAGUCUGAGUUUCCUCUCUUCAGUGUGUUUGAGUGAUUGUUCCAGGAGCAAUUGUCUCACGAGGUGAAGCUUAAAGUAAAGUCUCGUCUGGAGUAGUUGUUUGGAGUGGCGACUAUUUGUUUGUAGUAGAAUGGAGCUUCUGCCCAAACCAGUCUUUGUUGUGAUCUUCUGCUUCACAGCUUCAACACACUUGCACCUGUUCUGUAAUCGAUGUAGUGAAACACACUCAUUGUCGGUGAAUAAUGUUGUGAUACUGGUGUGAUACUACAUGGCUCCGCUCAGGUCAGACCAGGUCCUCAGUCCGUACAGAACCCAAAACAAACUAAUCAUGAUAUCAAGUGAACAAAAAUCACAUAAUGCCUUUGAAAUUUUCUACCACUCAACCAGCUCAGUGUCGUCUUGUGUCUUUAUAGUCAACUGAUACAAUCACUUUUUGAAUUCAGAACAAAUCAGCCGUCAUUGAAUAUUGUUUUCCACAAACAAUAAAUAAUAGUCUGCACUGUGAAAUACAUUGAGCACUACACGUUCUGAACUUGUGUUGACUUUUGAUGAGGUCAGUGUGUUGUGAUGUUGUUUGUGUGACAACAGAGCUGCUGUGUAGUUUGUGAUCAGAAAAGUAAAUAUGUCAUGACUAACCGUUUUCCUUUGAUGCCAUUUCUCAACAAUGUAGCUGAAAUUGCAGUGUGUGAAGGUGGAAAUGAUGCCUUAAAAUAUGUGUUUGUUGUUAUAUAAAUGACUUCGUAAGAGUGGGAAUUGUUUGAAUUUUGUACAAGCAAAACAGAUCUUGAUAAUAAGUAUGAAUGUUAGCGGGUUUAUAAGAUGUGAGCAUUUGUAAUCCAUGCUGUAGACAACGAAGAAUAAUU